AGUGCAUGAAAUUGUUUAGGUCUUGUUCAUGGUCACCUUGCCACGGUGUCUUGUCUGUUAUAUUACAGCAGUUCAGCACGGAGGAUUUUCAGUUCAGUUUUUGACUACAAAGGAUCAGCCGCAGAGAUGACCGGUAUCAGUGUUUUCAUGGUGAUUGGGGUAGCGACAUUUACCCUCCUUCACGGCUGUGACGACACUACUGCAGUCUCUGUUGAAGAUGAUGUCAAGACAUUGAAAGACAAAGUUGCCGCCUUGGAGUUUCAGGUUCGGCAGCUGCUUGGAGGGAAUCUAAUGCAGGCACGUCGUUCAUGUUCUGAUUGGUUCCGGGACGGGUUCGUGACAAGUGGAAACUAUCUGAUCGACCCUGACGGUCUCCGUGGUGUCUCGGAUUUCUUGGUCUGGUGUGACAUGACUCUGGUGCCACCUAUCGCCGUCGUUCAUCAUAACAAGGAAAACAGAACCUUGGUAACCGGGUUUGAAGGCAAAGGCGCAUACAUUUAUGAGGUGGCAUACGCCAGUAGCAGUCAGCACAUCCGGGCACUGAUGGCUAGAUCUGGACCCUGUCAUCAACAGCUGAAGUACGAAUGUCGGGGCGCGAUCAUUGAAACUUCAUUGAACGGCAGCGGAACGUAUUCUUAUUGGAUAGCUAACGGACAGAAAGUGACGUCAUACUGGCCCGGAGGGAAUGCGCAGUUGGGUGGAUGUGCAUGUUACCAGACCAAAAGCUGCGCAGGAGGAAAGAAGUGUAACUGUGACAUGAAUGAUCUAGUCUGGAGAGAAGACAGCGGCCUGGUGACAGACAAGGACGUUCUUCCUAUCACCGGGUUGAGAAUUGGUGACACAGGUGACGCUGGAGAGAAAGCCUACCCCACCCUGGGACCGUUGAUGUGUGAGAACUGAUUGCCGGACUGAACCUUGCAUCUGUAUUUUACUUGACAUUAUAGGUUAUAUAUUCGGUAAAGUCCAUUUAAAAUCAUAUGCUAAACGAGUUUAUCUAUAAGCAGAAACUUCUCUUCUGGUCGCUGGAACAACUGGGAAUGGUCUUACAAUCUAUUUUUGUUUCAGUGUAGAAAACGGUUUUGCUUCCUCUCUCUGGAUGGCCUUGGCAUAGGCCGUAUUUACUUUGCAAUAUGAUUUCUCUGAAAAACUACGAAUGCACAACACAACACUUUUAUUCUUGCUGAUAAACCUCUGAAUAUACGCUGUAUGAAUACAGAACAAUAAACACUGUAUUUAGCAUGCAUUUCUUAAAAAUUGGUAAGUUGUCCUUUUUUAUUGAGAUGCAAAUGCACUCCAAACUUAGGAACUGCCUAAAUGAUCGAAGCAAAAGAAGUAUGUAUGACUUUUGUGGUAAUUUAUGAAGUAGUUUAUUUGGUACAAACAGCCAUUUCGUAGGAAGUGGGAAGCUGUCGGCUCUCCACGGAUUUUAGCAGCCGUCUCGAGUGACUUCACUGCCAAGGUGACUGUAAUCAAACCGCUUUUGUCU